GCGAGGUACAAGGCCCGGCGGACUCCGUUCACACCCCACCAACGAACGUCCGCGCCGACGGAUGAGGGCGGAUCGUCGUCCCAAUUAUCUUGUACCGAUCCGUCGUAAAGGCAGGGCUUGAGUAAACAGAUCGUUUUGUCGUGGGUGUCUUGGGAACAUCGUGGGAAGAGGAGCAUUGCGACGCCUAGCAAAGUCCCGGUCCUACUAAAUCCGGUAUUCUUCUCGAAAUCGUACAGCCGACGAAUGAUUGACGGGGCGAGAAUGCAGUGACGAAAGAGCCAUCUCCAUGCGAUCUUCACCACAUUCAUUCAGCUCUUACACGUCCACACCAAUCACUCAUUUCAACAUGUUGCGACUUAACACCUCGCCCUUGUUAGGCUUGCGCUCCGCUUCCGCUUCUCUUUCCCAGUCGAUGACCUCAAGGCCGUUUGUUCAGCAACAUCGCCACCAAAAUGGUGGCUUGAAAACGCCCAUCUUUCUCCUGCAGUCACAUUCACUAUGGCAGUCAUGUUCAGCCCGAGGUCGCAUGAACAACGGAUUGUCUGUUGCGCCUGCUGUGCGUGCUAGGCAUUUUACCGUGUCCAAGUGGUGGAGGAGUCAGGAAGACAAGAGCGGACCAAAACCACCAUCUCGCCUCGCCAAAACCACAGCAGCGCUCAAAGCCGCCCUCCCACAGACCGGUGCCAUCACCAAGCGCGAGAACAUCCACACCAUCCCCAACUGGCUGACCUUCUCUCGCCUCGUCGCCGCCCCUUUCAUCGGCUACUGCAUCCUACACGAUCAUCAUGCCUGGACCCUCGGUCUUUUCGCCUAUGCGGGCGUGACCGACCUUUUGGACGGCUGGAUUGCGCGGAAAUGGAACCAGGGUACUGUGGUCGGCACCAUCAUCGACCCCAUGGCCGACAAGACGCUGAUGACGGUGCUGACCGUGGCGCUGGCAACCAAGGGACUCCUGCCCGUCUGGCUGGCCGUUAUCAUCUUGGGAAGGGACGUGGCUCUGGCUAUUUCUGCUUUGUACUUCCGCUGGAUCUCGCUGCCGCCGCCCAAGACGAUGGCACGGUAUUGGGACUUUUCGCUGCCCAGUGCGGAGGUCAGACCAACAGCGAUCAGCAAGUAUAACACCGCCUUGCAGUUGGGGUUGAUGGGGUUGACGACUGUGGCCCCGGUUGUGCCGGCAUUGGAUUUGGCGUGGAGCUUGAUGGUGAUGCAAUAUGGCGUUGCUGUCACGACGAUCUGGAGCGGUGCUAGCUAUGUGUAUAGCAAGGAUGCUGUCAAGAUUCUGACGCAACCUGCUACGCCCAAGGGUGCCGAGAAGGAGGGGAACACAAAGGUGGUCGAUGAGGUGGAGGCGAAGAAGGUGGAGGAUGAGACGGCCACCAAGCAGUAGUGAUCAAUUUACGGUAGCGAGUGCUAGGAGCAUGAUGGUUGUGAUUUUCGCUUCCAAAACACUGCAAAUCAAGCGCACUGGGAUGGUUGCCCUGAGAGACUACAGCAACCUUAAUAGGCGCGCCCAAAAGUUGAGCCCGGCGUUAACCUUUCGCACCACAGAGAUACAACAUAGUCGUGAAUAUUUCUUUUUUUUUUUUUUUUUUCGGAC